AUGCCCAAGUUCAAGCAACGAAGAAUAAAGCUAAAAGCCAAAGUGAAAAGAUUUUUCAAAAGAAAAGAAGCCUCUCACUUUCUGUCUAAGCUAGUUACACCUCCCCCUCCGCCACCCUCACCAGAAAGAGUGGUUAUUCCUUCAACACAUACACCCCUUAGCAGAAGCUGGCUAAGACCAUCCUGGAACUUCAAAUUUCCCAAUUUUAAAGAUGCAGUAAAGCUUUGGACAAAUAGAGUAUGGUCUACAUACAACUGGUUUCAGAACUGCAUGGCCCAGAGUUUGGAAGUAUUGAAAGACACCAUCUUCCCAUCCCGUUUCUGCCACCAAGAACUUCAUAGUCUAAAACAAUGGUUUCGCAUUUUGGAAAAUGAAUUACGCAAGCUCCAGGAAGCACUGAAGGCCGUCUCAGAAAAUUCUUCCUGUCCAAGCUGUGGUCAGAUGUGUCACAUGCGUGGUAAACUUACAAAUGUGCCUGCAUGUGCUCUAACCACCCCUGGAGACUCCGGGGCUGUACUUUCCGCCUCGCUGCCACAGCCAGCCAGUCAUCUUCCUCCGCCCCUGCCUCCGCCUCCACCACUGACAGCACCUUUGCUGCUCAGAAAAUCUGAUCUCACUAAAGCACUUCAGGCUGGACCAUUAAAAAAAAGUGGACCCAUGCAGAUAACAGUUAAAGAUCUACUGACUGUGAAAUUAAAGAAGACACAGAGUUUUGAUGAAAGGAGGAAGCUUGUACCAUCACCAAAGGCACAGAAUCCACUAGUUACUGUCUCUGACCUGCAGCGCGUUUCCCUGAAACCAAAGUCCAAAGUGUUAUCAACUCGAGUUACAAAUGUCUUCAUUACUCCUGGUAAAAGCCAGUUAGAACUGCGGAAACUACUCAGAAAAGUCGAUGUAGAGAGGAGCCCAGGUGGAACCCCACUUACCAAUAAAGAAAAUAUGGAAACAGGAACUGGGCUGACCCCAGUAAUGACCCAGGUCUUGAAGAGAAAGUUUCAGCUGGCUCACCCUAGAAGCCCAACUCAAACUCUGCCACUUUCUACAAGCACCUCUGAUGAACAAAACUGA